AGAGUAAAGAAGCCAAUUUAGUGUGGUGGUGUUUUUUUUGGCGACGGAGCUUUCUCUCUCUCUCUCUCCUCCGUACAAAUGGCGCCGCCGAAGAGUAAGGUUGACGGAGAUGGAAAAGGGAAAGGGAAAGCUGUAGCGACUACGUCGACGAGAGUGCUUCGAAGCAUGGAUCGGAAGACGAGAAGCGAUACUCAACGAAGCGGUUCUUCUCCUAAGCUUGUGAGCCUCGAGUCUCUUGAGAAGAAAAGGAAGACGAAACCGAAGGCUGGUGGAGCGAGCAAGAAGGUAAAGAAGGAAGAAGAAGAGGAGGACGUUGUGAAAGUUGAGAAAGAUGAGGAGGAGGAAUCGGCGGAGGAGGAAGAUGGUGAUGAUGCUGCUGCAGAGGAAGAAAAAGAAGAAGAUGACGACUCUGAGAAGAAGAAGAUUGUGAUCGAGCACUGCAAACAAUGCAAAUCAUUCAAGGAGAGGGCUACUGAGGUGAAGGAAGGUUUGGAGGAAGCUGUUCCUGGCAUCAUUGUUACUCUGAAUCCUGAAAAGCCAAGGCGUGGUUGCUUUGAGAUUCGAGAGGAGGGCGGUGAAACGUUUAUCAGUCUUUUGGGUAUGAAGCGCCCUUUUACACCGAUGAAGGAACUUAACAUGGAAGACGUCAUUACGGACAUUGUGGAGAAGAUUAAAUGACAAUAGGGUUCUAUCAAUGCCGAGUCUUUUGUUUCUUCCUCAGCCCUCGGCAAAUAGGCUUUAAUAUUUGACUAUCUAGAGCAACUGCAAAGACCUUUAGGCUUAAUUUUGAUGUUUUGGUGUAGACCCUUUAACCUCGGGUUUGUCAUUUUUGCAGUGCUCGAUCGGCUUUGUGCAGUUUAUUCAAGUUAAAACUUUCUGAUAUAUUUGGUUGAUUUGAAA